AUGGCUGAAAAAUUGAAUGAUUUUGCUAGUCGAUUAUCUAAAGGUGCACCUAAAGGAUUAGGUGUAGGUGGUGCUGUACUUUUUGGAGUAUCAGCUGCAGUUUAUGGAAUUUAUAGAUCCAUGUUUACCGUUGAGGGUGGUCAUCGUGCGAUUAUGUUCAAUCGUAUAGGCGGUGUUGAUCAACAUACAAUUCAUUCAGAAGGUUUACAUUUUAGAAUACCAUGGUUUCAAUAUCCAAUUUUGUACGAUAUCCGUGCUCGACCAACAAGUAUCAAAUCUCCAACUGGCAGCAAAGAUUUACAAAUGGUUACAAUUGCACUUCGAGUUUUAGCUCGACCUGAUCAAACAAAAUUACCUAAAUUAUAUCAAACAUUAGGUGUAAAUUGGGAUGAACGUGUCUUGCCAUCAAUUUGUAAUGAAGUAUUAAAGAGUGUUGUUGCUAAAUUUAAUGCAUCACAACUGAUAACACAACGUCAACAAGUCUCUAAUUUAAUUCGUCUUGAUCUCAUUGAACGUGCUAAAGAUUUUGAUAUAUUACUUGAUGAUGUAUCAAUAACUGAACUUAGUUUUGGUGCACAAUAUUCAGCUGCUGUUGAAGCUAAACAAGUUGCUCAACAAGAAGCUCAACGAGCUGUAUUUACUGUUGAACAAGCUAAACAAGAACGUCAACAAAAAAUUGUUUUAGCUGAGGGUGAUGCUGAAUCGGCUAAACUUAUUGGUAAUGCUAUCAGUAAAAAUCCCGGUUAUUUAAAAUUACGUAGAAUUCGUGCUGCACAAAAUAUAGCUAAAACACUUUCACAAAGUACAAAUCGUGCUUUCCUUGAUGCUCAAGCAUUAAUGAUCAAUGUUGCCGAUCCAAAAUUUGAUGAAAUCUAUCAAGAUGCCAAUCGCAAACGGCGAUAA